GGUGACAUAUGCCUCAAGGUCAAUUAAGGAGUUAAAUGUCUUAGCCAGUGACCCUUGGUGCUGCCCUGUGAUUGGCUGUUGCUAAAUUAGGCAAUGUGAUAUUCACCUGCUGAGCUCAGUCAUGUUUCCCCAGGUGAGACACACAGUGUGCAGGUAUGGGGUGCAAUGUGUGUGUCAUAAAGCCCCCAGCUCAUGGAGCAUCAUGUGAUUGGACUGAGCCGCUCGAUGGCGACACGCUGCAGCACCAUGCCUAUUCAUAAACCGAAGGCCGCACCACUACCACAACUGGAUUUAACCCCCUCCUCCCUGCAUCUUCUGAAGAGGGCCCAGCUGCAGCAGUACUGCAAGCGGCUAGGAUUAGGUGGGGGAGGAAAGAAUUCUGAUCUACUUCAACGGCUCCAGGAUCAUCAUAAGCAGACCGGACUAACUGUUCAGGUGUCUCCCAGAGCUGCUUCCCAAGAAAAGAGCGGACGUAACUCUGCUAAGGAGAAAACAGAGCGUCAGUGGUGGUGUGUAGUACAUGGACAGCAGUUCACUUCUUCUACCGGGGUAAAACUGUCUCCCUGCUGUGGUCGUCUUGGUGUGACCAUCGGAGGCUCAUUCGUCCCCCUGCACCUGACGCCCUCCUCUUUACCUGUUCCCCAUGGCUUUGAGGAUAAUAUUAUUUGUGGGGAAUGCCUGGAGAGGAAUAAGGAAAAGGAAUCUCGUCUGCUGCAAGAGUCGACCAAUCAAGAGCGCCAGUGUUGGUGUGUCGUCCAUGGGCAUCUAUUAACCACAUCGAAAUGGAUUCAACUGUCCCUCCGCCGCGGCCAUGUCGGUAUGGCCACUGGUGACACGUUCGUACCCCUGCAUUUGACGCCUUCAUCUUUACCUGUUCCCCCCAACUUCGAAGAUAAUAGAAUCUGCGGGGAGUGCCUGGAGAGGAACAACGAGAAAGAAUCUCGUCUGAGAAAAGAGUCCGUCAAUCAAGAUGAGAAUUGCCCACCUACCAUGCAUGGUAAAACCUCCUCUGUUAGUAUUUGCCGAAAUCGAAAUAAAUCGGGCAAAUUCCAGCCUAGAGAAGAUCCAGCCUAUGCUCGGAAGGUGGAUGAAAUUCUUGGCCAGCUUGCCAAAGGACAGGUGGAUUCUGAGCAGGUGCUGCAGCCCAAAUGUCCAGCUGUUAUUCACUCACCUGUUGCGAAGCAAGAAAGUAGCCCCCUAUCCAUCAACCAGCGCCACUCUGCCAAUUCCCAUUAGGGUUUCCCCUGCCCUCAUUUUAUAACUUUUUUUUAUAUUAAGGUAAAUAAACUAGUGUUUUUUUUUUUGUAUA